AAAUAAUAUUUUUUUCCCGAACUUUGCAGAAAAUAUUAAAUUUUCUUUGCCAAAAGACAUCAUUCGAACACGAUGGAUGACGAUUCAGAGUUCCAAUUGUUCGGAACACCUUUAAAGCCGUUCGAGGAAGACCAAAUACCCUCCAAUCGCCCGGUGAAUGUGCAAGACCAGAUCGUUCGUGACGAAAAUGGCAGACGAAGGUUUCACGGAGCCUUCACGGGAGGCUUUUCCGCUGGUUUCUGGAACACUGUCGGCUCCCUGGAAGGAUGGAAACCGAGUGAAUUCAAGUCGUCACGCGGCGAAAAAGCGCAGGCACGUCAACAGAAGCCCACAGACUUCAUGGAUGACGAGGAUUUGGGCGAAUUUGGUAUUGCGCCGCAACGAGUCAAGACAAUGGAGGAUUUCAGUGACUCGGGGCCGUCAUCGAAUCGUGGCGUAAAGCGAAAGCACGAGACUGUAGGACCAAUUCCGGGUGUUCCUGUGCUAGAAACGUUGAUGGCGCCCGUAAAAGAUAAAAUUGCCGUGCGAAUUUUACGAAAAAUGGGAUGGAAAGAUGGACAGGGAGUGGGUGCGAGACUCACGAAGAAGGAAAAGAAACGAGCAAAAGAGCGAAAUGCAAAGGAAAUGUACAUUGCGAAGAAAUACGGAUGUGAUAUGGGUCCAUUUGCAAAGUCACAAGCUCAAAGUGAGUCGGAUGGAGAUGAAUCUGACGACAGCGAUUAUGAAAUAACGUUCGCACCGGAUGAUUUUGAUCCAUUUGUGGUAACAGUCAAAGAUAAUUCCUUCGGUUUGGGCUAUUCUGGCUUGAAUCGUGAACCUGUGCUCAAUCAAUCGUUCAAAUUAUUCGACACUUUGGAAGUUUAUGACAAGAAAACGAACAAAAAACUGUCAAUUAAGGGACAGGCCUUUGGAGUUGGUGCCCUCGAAGACGACGACGAAGAUAUUUACAUGCGAGACGACAUGUCAAAGUACGAUUUUACGCUCGACGACCAUAAAAAGCCAAAAAUGAAGGCAAUUGCAGCCCCUCCAAAGUUCAAUGAUAUCAUCGAAGGGUUCACAAAACCCAAAGACGCGAAAAAAACCUUCCAAAAAAUCUUCAAAGUACAAAUGCCGGAGAAUUUUAAGCCACGAAAUUGGAUGGUGAAACGAUCGAGGUUCGAACCACUGCCAGCGGAAACAGCAAAGAAACUCCAGGAAGAAAAUUCUUACAAAAGACAGGGAUUGGGAAGACACGAUUUGAAGCCAGACGAACGAGGAAAAUUAUUACAAGAGAAAUCGGAGCAAAAAUCAGACCCAAAACCGAGUGCAAGUACAAGCAAAUCGUAUGGCGAUAAAAAUAUUUUAGAUAAAAUCUUGGAAAAAUCAAGCAAUUUUACGAAAGGAGGCGUCAUUAACAUGGAAGAGGAAUUAAAACCCGAAAAUUCAGUUACUCAAGACCCGAAUGUGGUAAAAGAAAAUCAAGAAGUUCAAAAAAAUGCGGCAAAAAUAACGGAAAAACUACCAAAAAGCACUCCUGGAGUGUUUAUUCCUUUCGCAAUCGAUCCCUUGAAGCAGGAACGCUACGAAAAAUUUCGAGAUUUCAAGAAAAAUGAGGAAUUUGCAACAGCUGAGGAGUAUUUGAAGUCAUUGCAACCCUUCCACAUGAGUGAUUGGGACCGAGAAUUCGAAUUAAAGGAAUUUACGCAUGCUAAAAAGUUGUACAAACCGAUGGAAGGACUAAUGUUUGACAGAUUCGUUUCUGAAGGAACCAUCGACAAAGACAAACCAGAAGUGAUAGAAACAAGCACGGGAGUCAUAAAAAUCAUUAAAAUGAAACGCACAAAAGUUCUGUGGAAGCCCCAUAAGGACUUGUGCAAAAGAUUUAACGUUCCCGAGCCAUUUGGCGGCAUGUUGAUCGAAGAAAAACCGAAAAAAGGAACGAAAUUUUCCGUUUUUGACUAUAUCGAAGUACCUACAAACUCGAAAACGAACUUUGUGACACCCGUAAUUGUGCCUAAAAAAGUCCAACAAGCAAAAAAACCUGAAAAACCGAGGGUUUCAGCUAAAGAGUUCUUCAAUGAGGAACAAAAAGUGGUUGUGCCUAAUUUAUUUGGUCACAAAAAAGAUGAAAAUCAAGAAAAAUCAAAAGACGAGACAACUUCAAAUGAAAUUCCAUCAACAUCAACUAAGCAACUGCCAUCAUUCAAUAAACCCAAAACCGAACUCGAGCAAAAAGUCGAAGAAAAUCUCAACAAACGCCCCGAGGAGAAAAAAGAUCUUUUUAAAUCAAUUUUUUGUGAUACGUCAGACGAAGAAGAGGAAGAAGAAGCCAAACCUCCUGAAAAGCCUCCAAUGUCGGAUGCGGAAAAAAUGAAGUUAAUUGAUGCCUUUGUUGGAAUCAAACCUGCUGUAGAAUUCAAUAUUUUACGAAAUAAAUCGCCUCCACGGGGAAUUUUCAAAAAUAUUUUGGAAGAAUCGCGUGCCAAGGAAGUUCCGGCAUCGAAAAAUGAUAAAAAUAAAUCAGAUUCGUCAGAUAGCAGCAGUGACAGUGACGCAUCAGACAAAGAAGAAGGAUUUUAUGGGCCGAAAUUGCCAUCAGCAAAACCUGAAAUAGCUCCAACAAGUUCUAAUCAAGUGCCGUCAGCUGAAGCUUCACAUGCGUUUUUAAGUUCGAGCAUCGAUAACCGAUUAUCCGAACUGCUGAAGAAAAAUAAAGAAGCCGUUGUCUUUGAAGAAUGGGUCGAAAAAGAUAGCAAGAGUAGCAAAAAGAAGAAAAAGAAGGAGAAACACAGCAAAAGUAGUAAAAAGUCGAAAAAACAUAAGAAGGAAAAAAAGAAAAAGGAUAAAAAAUAA